AUGAUAUCUCACCCAUCUCAGUCUCCUCACCAGUCUUCGUCCGAAUGGCUGGACGACUCUGCAACUGCCUCCACUAAACUCACCACCACAACUUCAGUAUCCUCAACUUCAUCGUCCACAGCCACCCCCUCUUUAAGUUCUAAGCGAGCUAGAAAUUUACGAGUGUUAGCCGAUGGACAAGUGUUGAAAGUACAAAAGACCCGACAACGGAAAAUCCUCAGUUGCAUUUAUUGUCAUUCUAAAAAGAUCAAAUGUUCCCGACAACAACCCAUCUGUAACAAUUGUGAUAAGUUGGGAUUUGAAUGUAAAUACUUUGUCAAUGAACGGAUAAGUCGAGGAGCAUCUAGUACGGCCGCAUCCUCCAUCUCCCAGGGCUCUGUCCCCAUUGACACCUUCUCCAAAGCGUCCGGUACGCCAGGAGGUAUUCUUCCUGAACUUUCAUUAAAUUACCUUAAUUUAAAUUUCAAUAUGACUAACGGAUCCGCUACAAACUUGAAUGCGGCUGUCCCCAGUGGACCUCCAACAUCAGCUACGGAUGAUCAAUGUGUCUUUAACUUAUCAUCCUUCACGUUUGCCAAUCAGGAGGGCUUGCUUUCCGCAUCAUUGCCGUCCAAUUUCAAUUCUCCUGUGACUCACCACAGUGUCCAAACCACCGCCGCCGCCGCCGCUGCCACGACGACGACAUUAUCUCAUAGUAACAGUAACUCCAACAUUAGUGGAUUGUUCACAAAGUCCAUGGACUCGGCCGCACCUUCCAAGAUGAAUAUGCCUCCUACUCCGUUGUCUAGUGAUACCCCAUCCAGUGGUAAGACGGCGCAGCCCAAUAAUCCGGGCUUACAUAACUCGCUCAAUGCCUACUCUUCGAAUCCGGCUACGACCAUCAACUACUUGUAUGGCACCAACACGUACUACUCCAACGAUAACUUAUUGGAAGACUUGUUGAAGCACUUGCCGCAGAGCAAAGAGCGGUCGUUUGAGUUGAUCGACCGGUACAUCAACUCGGUGCAUCUCCUCUUGCCCGUAGUGGUAAACCUAUCGGACUUCUUGAAGGAACACGAACGGUACUGGACGCUCAUGGGAGUCAAGACCACCACCACCAACUUCAACUACUUACAGUUCUACACGCUCUACUUCCCCAUCUUGUAUGCGUCCACCAUCUCCGAGUUCGAGGAGUACGACAACUUACUCUUGAACCAGGACAUCAACCGGUACUUGAAGGCAUUCAACAAGAUCUGUCAGUACUACAACUACCCACACGGCCUCAAGACCAUCCCGUUGCUCUUGGGGAAUGUCAUCAUCCAAUCCACGUCUCCCAACCCUUCCACCAUGGAAAUGUCGCAGAUCAUUCGGUAUGCCAAGUUCCUACAAAUGCAUAAGGAUCCGCUAAUCACCCUCCGCAUCAACGACUGGGAAGUCAUCAAGUUCCGUCGACUCUUGUGGUGGGUGAUCUUUGGCCUCGAUGCUCUAACGUCGCACAACUUCUGUCUCCCUCCCGUGUGUAAGUUUGAAGACUUCAAUGUAUUGAUGCCCGAGGAGGAAGAGCCCAUCUUUGAUAAGUUGGGCAUAGUCAAGGAAAAGAAGUUGAAUGUCAGUAUCUUAUCCAUGAACGUCAAGUUCAAGUACGAUCGGAUUCUCAGUGAGUUGGUGUACCACUUACACAAUGGACUCUCAUCCAACAUCACUCCCAUCCAGAUCAAUGAGAUUAAGGCCAUGAUCUCCGACUACUUCAAGUACAUCCAUGUGUCCAUCUACAAGAUGAACCAGUUCUAUAAGAUGAAUCCUCCGUCGACGGUUCAGGAGAUGAAUCUCAUCAAUUUCAUAAAGAACCACUCGUGGAGCUUUGUGGACCGAGCCCUCAUGCUCUUGCACAAGAAGAUCCUAUUUGGAGAUAAUACCAAUGAGUAUAACAACCAUAGCGAUCAUGAUAACUAUGGGUUGAAGACUGGCAAUCAGUACUUGCAUCAUCGGACCAGUAUCAACGAUACAGACGAUGACUUGGAAGUAGGAACGCUCUCAAAGUCUCGCAAUGGAGUGUUAUCACUAAGUCAGUAUGAAGAUACCUUUGGAAGAAUCCAAGAAGCCAACAUUAUCUUGAACUUUAAUAACUCGUCCAUCUCGCUCUUGCGGUUCAACCAAUCCGAGAACUUCUCGUACGAAAACAUCCACAACAAUUUGAUUCCGUCGAUCUUACAUAACUUGAAUGACUUUUUAAAGUAUAAUGAUUUCAUUAAGUUUGGCAAGUAUAAUUGGUAUAUAAAGAGAACUAUCCCUAUCGAUUCGGUAAUUCUUAUGUUCAUUAUCAUUACUGUCAAGUUCAAGUAUGAAUUCAUGACUUUGAAUGAGUUGUGUAUUUAUGUUAAACUUAUCAAUAAGGCGUUAUUCAUCUUGAAUCGCAAAUGGUUUAAGAAUGAAAAGUAUAAACGGAUGUUAUCUCUUACCAACUUAACAUGGGAAUUCUUAUUGAAGAGAUACAGUAUAAUUGAAUUGAUUAAUCAGUAUAAUGAAGCCAACGGUAAUAAUGUCGGAGGAAGAAUCGAAUUCUUUGAUUAUCAAGUCACAGGAUACAUGAACAUGAAUGAUUUGUUUAAUGUAAUGGAUGUACCCCAACCCAUCUUUGAUGAUGAGGCCUUUAUGGAAGAGAUAAAUCAUAAUCAUAAUCAUAAUCAUAAUCAUAAUCAUCGAUUGAGUUCUAGUACGGGUACAGGUACUGGUACGGGAUCGAAUUCUUUAGUACCUACUGAUCCUAUACGAACCCCUAUGACGAAUAACCAAUUGGCUAUCAUCAGUCAUAACUUGAGUCCGGAAACCAAAUCGGAAUUAAUCCAGUUGAAUGAAAAGAUCUACUAUGAUCUUCGUAACAACUUUGUGGAUAUCAAUGAUUACUGUGCAUUCUAUUCUAGUUUGGAGAAUAUCCUCCAUGAGUUGAUGGACUAUGUGCACAAGGCGUAAUUCUCUGAUAUAGUAUAUAAACUAUCUAGUCUUCUAAUUUAGUACUGCUUUCUGCUUAAGAAUUAAUGUAGGAGAAGUAAUACAAAUACUACAAAUACAAAUACAAAUACAAG